AUGGCCACGCGCUACGACUCCCAGACCCUGUUCAGGGUCGACAACCUCGUGGCCGUCAUCACCGGCGGCGGCUCCGGCCUCGGCAGGAUCACCGCCCACGCGCUGGUCGCCAACGGCGCAAAGAGGGUGUACAUCCUCGGGCGCCGCGCGGCGUCGCUGGAAACCACAAAGGCGACCUCUUCCCGCCCGGAAAACAUGACGCCCAUCGUCUGCGACGUGACGUCCAAGGAGGCGCUGCGCGCGGCGGCAGACAAGGUGCGCCAAGACUGCGGCUACUGCGACGUGGUCUUUGCCAACAGCGGCGUCAGCACGGCAGAUGCCUCGCAGUACCUUAACCCACGGGACAAGCUGGACAUCAAGGACCUCCAGGAGGGGCUGUGGCAGCACGCCACGGAGCACUUUACGCAGUCGUUCCACGUCAACGUCACGGGGGUGUUUUACACCACGGUUGCGUUUCUCGACCUGCUCGACGAGGGGAACCGGCGCGGCGGGGUGCCGCAGAAGUCGCAGGUAGUGGUGGUGACGUCCUUGGGGGGGUUUGCUCGUCGGCCGGCGGCGAGCUUUGCCUACGGGGCGAGUAAGGCCGGCGUGGGGCAUAUGGCCAAGCAGCUUGCGACGGUGUUGGCGCCGUACAAGAUUCGGGUGAAUAGCAUUGCUCCGGGGUUUUACCCCAGCGAGAUGACGGCGAAUGCAGGCUUUAUGAGGGACGCUGAGGAUCCGAGGAGGGAGGGGAGUCUUGCUGGUAGUCUUGUGCCGCUGGAGAGGGUGGGCAGCGAGGAGGACAUGGCUGGUGCUAUCUUGUUCCUGGCGAGUAGGGCUGGUGGCUAUGUGGAUGGGAACGUGUUGCUUACGGAUGGUGGUCGGGCGAGUAUCAUGCCUUGCACGUACUAG